AUGACAGAACCAAAGGUCACGGCCGCUUCGCUUCAGCCCGAGCAAUGGACCAUGUCUUCCAAUCAGGCUCUACAGAUAUUUAUCACUGAACCAAGUGGCGCUAAACAUUUCCAGCCUGCUUUUACAUAUCCAGUUUUUGGUGAAGCUGAACAAAUAUUCGGAUUCAAAGAUCUUGUAAUAUUCCUUUGCUUUGACCAUUGCACGUUCUACCCUUUCUUGAACGUCAGGUACUCGGAAAAAUUGAGCGACGAAUCUCUUGAGGAACCAAAGGACCAACUUUUGAAGUUUUUACCAGAGUCCACCAUCUUCAAAGACGAAGAAGAAUGGGCUGAUGCAAUUCAAGAAGAGCAAGAAAACUACACUAUUCCCGGGACACAAUUUGGUGAGACCUUCACACAAGGAGGCAGUAGCUAUGCUAUUUACAAGAUUGACCUCAAAUCCGAAAGAGGAUUAGAACUCUUAAAAAGAUUACAGUUUCUUACCUUGUUAUUCAUUGAAGCUGCUUCAUACAUCGACAGCACAGACGAAUUGUGGGACCUUUACGUGUUAUACAAGGUAGAUGAUCCGAAACUACCCUCUGUGGUUGGAUUGUGUACAGCUUAUAACUACUGGAAAUACCCUGGCGGUAAGAAUUUCGAUGAAGGUAAGGAAGAAGUCCGAAAAAAGCUUUCGCAGUUCAUUAUACUUCCUACACAUCAGGGUAACCAUUUGGGUGGACAAUUUUACAAUCGCUUAUUUGAACUUUGGAAGUCAGACCCCAAGGUUGUCGAAAUUGUGGUAGAAGAUCCCAACGAGAGUUUUGACGACUUGCGAGACCGAAGUGACUUUUCGCGCCUCGUAGAGCAAAAUAUCUUCGACCUCCGAAGCAUAGACAUGAACCUCGUCAAUAGCGAUUGGUGGGAAACGACAAGAAGAGAGCAGAAGCUUGAACGAAGACAAUUUUCUCGUUUGGUUGAAAUGCUACUUUUACAAAAGUUGAAGUCGCCCAGUCCAAACGUCACAAACAAGGAGGUGAGGUUAUUUAUCAAAAAGAGAUUGUUUGAGAAAAACAAAGAAGCAUUGGCGGGUCUCGACGAAGCAACACGAAGGGACAAACUACACACAGCUUACGAAUCGUUGGCACAGGAUUAUUACAGAAUAAUGGAGCCACUCAAAUUAAAGCGAGAAAAUGAAGCCUUGGACAAUGGCGCCAAUAAGAAACCCAAACUUGAGUAG